AAAACUGUUCCUGCUCUUUGGAUUACUGGUAUUGAAGUCGGACACUUUGCCCUGCAUGUCAGUAGAGUUGCGCUUGGAAAGAUUGAUAGUUAAAGUAAGAGAAUCAUGGAUGAUCGUGACUGGACUUCGGAGGGCAGUGUCGACUCUGAUGGACACUCACCACUUCCACCCUUAGUUAUAUGGACCAGCAGAAAGUCAACUGCGUGUCCUCCACCGCCCAAUAUACCAUAUCAUGGUACAACUUAUCCAGCUCUUCCGCACGCAUAUCCCGAUAGUGCUAAUCACGUAGUGACCUCGGCAGCCUCCUUCGCAUAUGGUGCACUCAGCCCUUGGAAUACACAAACAUCUACCUCCAAUGUGCUUCAAGAUUACCUUUGGGUGGAAAUUGCAGCAGACAACUUCAGGCACCCGCGACCAGAGUUCCAAAGGAACAAAGAUACCCGCGCUAAUGAGGCUUCAAAAGCAGCUGUCGAGAACCCAUGCUCUGAUCCCAUGACAUCAGCAAUGGACAUUGACCAUAGAUCACAAGGCAACAGCCACAGAAUUGUUAACUAUCCAGUUCCGUUUUCAGACCACUACACAGGCCACGGGCAUGUGGAUUAUGCCUCGGAAGAUGGCAAUUAUGCAAACAAUCCGACCGAAGUGGACCUUCACAAUAUCGGACAUGUUGCAGUAUCUCCCAUAGCGGUUAGCACAUCUGAGGAUGCCAAACAUCAUGAUCGUCAAAUGCUCAAUUUACAGCAUACUUCGGAGUCGUGUUCUGAUGAAGAUAGUCGACUUCUAGCAGACUUUCCUCAAGACCACACGUCUCUCAGCAAGAAAACCGGGAUGUCACUUGAUCGCCAGCAUGACAUGGGUGAUCGUGCACAUUCACAAUCUGAAGAAGAGCCUCAUAAAUGUAAGCAUUGCGAUAAAUCAUUUUCUAUUCUAUCCCGUCUAACAUCUCAUGAAUGUGUACAUCCUGAAAUGAAACUUUUCAAAUGUAAAGUAUGUGAUAAAACCUUCAAUAGGCGAUUUCAUCUGGUCUCUCAUGGACGAAUUCAUUCAGGAGAGAAGCCCUUUACGUGCAAGUACUGCCCUAAAUCAUUCAGCAGGAAAUACAACCUUACAGUUCAUGAACGUAUCCAUAACGAGGAGAAGCCCUUUAAGUGUGAUCAUUGUGACCAAGGCUUUUCUGACAGUUCCAACCUUCGAGUUCAUAAACGUACACAUACUGGAGAGAAGCCAUUUAAGUGUAACCUUUGUGACAAGUCAUACAGACAAUUUUCGCAUCUCAUAGAUCACCAACGCAUGCACACUGGAGAGAGACCUUACAAAUGUAAAGAAUGUGGUAAGGCAUUCCGGGGAAUAUCGAAUCUCACAAAACAUCAACGCAUCCAUACAGGAGAGAAACAAUUUUCGUGUAGGGAAUGUGGAAAGUCUUUCACAACGAAAUCUAACCUAACAUGUCAUGAAAGACUCCAUCCCUGAUAGAAAUUGAUCAAGUACCUGCGACGCGUUUUUCAAUACUAAAACCACAUAGAAGACCAUACGAAUGACAAGGCAGUAAAUAAGGACACGGCUUCUUUUCAUGAUAAUGGAAAAUACUAUCAUUACAGGUCCGCCUUGAUUCGCAAUUAGCUUCAAUGCCGAUAACAGCUCAAUCUCAUAUCCAUGCAAAAUUCAAUGCUUACACGCUAACUUCGACAUAAUUAUGAACAUCCAAAGCAUUAUCAUUUUCAUUGUAUUCCAGUUGAUAUUCACUUUUAUAUUGCCUGCUUUCCAUUUCAGUUCCCACACAGCAGGAACAUGUUUGCAUAUUUACCAAAUACUCAACUGCGCUGAACAUUCCUGUACUGUUGUUUUUUUGCUAACUCGGUCCUUUUUUAUGUCAGAUACCCUACUAAAGGAGAGCACACAUGCCGGGUAUGGAUUAUUUCGCCGGAAUAGGCGCUAAGCUGAACCUUAUUUCUAUAAUGUACCCUUGGUCCUCUGUCAUAAUUAUGGUGUAGUAACGUUUUAGUCAAAACUCGUCAAAUUUUUUAA